GGAGAGCGAGGGACAGAGCUGAGGGGAUUGGCAAAAGGUUUCACUGCACUGGCCAACAUACUUCAUACUUCAGCUAACAAACAGCUCUUUCUUUUAAUCUGCACAGGACUUUAAUUCACAUGGAUACAUUGGUCAGACAUUAGCUGUUUUUACUUUUUAUGUAGUUUCAUUUUCAUUUGGAGAAUAUAUUCGCUGAUUUUGGAAGAAUAAUAAAGAUGAUUAAGACCAUGAUUGAUCAAGCGAAGAAACAUCCUGGGUUAAUCCCUCAGUUUGUCUUCCUGAUGCUGGGCGUUACAGGUGCCAGCCUCUAUCUGCUCCGCCUGGCGAGUGGACCUCAUGUCACCCUGUGGGACAAGAAGAACAACCCGGAGCCCUGGAACAAGCUGGACCCAACCUACCAGUAUAAGUUUGUGGCCGUCAACACAGACUACAAGAACCUGAAGAAAGAGGGCCCUGACUUCUAAAAGGUCCUUCGGGCAAAUCCAGGGGCACCAAGUUUGGCAGGACCUCCUGCUGUCGCCUCAGUGAUCGGUUUCACCUCGUGCUCCAUGACAAGAGCUCUGAAUUAACACUGUAACCCUGUCAACAAUAACUAUUAAAGAUUACAUGAGAAAAAAA